AUGAGGGAAGUAGAAAAAGAAAAAGAAGAUGAAAGAAUGGAGGAUCCAGAAAAUGACGCCGAGGAGUCUGACGAAGGUAAACCCAUGUCAGAUGAAAACAAUGAAGAUGAAGCUGAGGACGAUUGGAGAAUUCCAGUUCACCAAUACCUCGACAAAGUUACUUUACCAGCAGAUGUCAAGGAGGAACGAAAGCUCACGUCGAAAGCAGCAAUGUACAGCCUGCGAGACGGGGUAUUAUAUAGAAGGUCAUUUAUUGGACCUUUGAUGAGAUGCCUCUCACAAACCGAAGGUAGAAGGAUAUUGCAUGAUAUACACAGUGGAGAGGCUGGCAAUCAUAGCGGAACAAGGUUUGGAAUACCAGCAGCCAUAGUCUCUGACAAUAGCAAAUAA